AUGUUUAAAAAAUAUUUAUUGACAGUGUUUUUGUGUACUAGUGUUAUUUGUCAGUCAAAUAAAGAUUUAUACAAUGGACAAAUUCAAAAUGAAUUUUACAACUCUAGAGAAGAUAUAUCUCGUUCUACAAGUCGGCCUAGUCCAGGCGAUAGUGAUUACAGGACUUAUGUGUUCAAUAACAGAAGAUAUGGAACAGACCCUACAAGAUACAAUCCUUAUAACCCAAAUAUAAAUCAGCCUGGUGGGUUUCCUUACAACCCUAUAAAUCCAAACCCCUUGGAUGAUCAAUUCAAGUUUAAUAUGAACCGAGAUCCAAAUAAUCCAGAUGCUGCAUUUCCUGGAAUUCUCGGAGGAUGGAGGCCUGACUUACAAGGUAGAGAGAGAAGGGACUCCAGGCAGUUGAAGAGAGAUAUCUUUGUCACAACUAACUAUGGACAAGUUCAGGGUUUUAAGGUAUACUUAUAUGACAAUCCAGAUCCAGACGUUGGAUUCAGGCCAUGGUUGAGCCCAGUAGAAAGGAUACAAGGAGAAGUGUCCGUUUUCCUGGGAAUACCAUAUGCGAGGCCACCUGUUCUUGAAGGCAGAUUUAAGCCUCCAAGACAACACCAAGGCUGGCAACUAAUACAGGCUGUUGAUUGGGGUCCAGCAUGUCCACAACCAGUCCGUUUCACGGGUGCUACUAAAGGCGUCAGAGAUAUGGAUGAAGACUGUUUAUACCUCAACAUAUUUUCACCUACCACUGACGCAGGCUCCACGGCCCAGAGGUACCCAGUAAUGGUGUACAUCCACGGUGGUCAGUUCACAUCGGGUGCUUCUAACCUCUUCCCUGGUCAUAUGCUCGCCGCCUUCUACAAUGUCAUCGUCGUUUCCUUCAACUAUAGAUUGGGAGCUCUUGGUUUUCUAUCAACCGGCGACGAGAACUCCCCAGGUAACUACGGCAUCUUAGACCAGGCAAUGGCACUCCGCUGGGUGUACGAUAACAUAACUCCAUUCAACGGAGACAGGUCAUCCAUCACGCUGUUCGGCCCUGGAGCAGGCGGGGCCUCCGCCGGUCUUCUGGCUGUGGCACCUCGGACAAGGGAUCUCAUCAGUAGAGUCAUAGCACAGAGUGGAUCAGCGCUGGCUGACUGGGCGCUCAUCGAAGACAAGUUUAGAGUCCAGAAUACGUCGUUGGUCUUCGGGCGACUACUCGGCUGUCCUAUAGAUUCCUCGUGGAGAUUGGUCAACUGUCUCAGACAAGGCAGAAGUUUUUUUGAACUGGGGAAUGCUGAAUUUCAGCCACAUGUAGGCUUCAUGCCCUGGGGUCCAGUUUUCGAAAACAAUUUCACAUUUCCCGGAGACGAAUGGUACGACGGCUGGAGGGAAAGAGAUUGGCACUUCUUGAACACGAUGCCAGAGGAAUUAAUUAAGAGGAGACAAUUCAACCCGGCGCUGAGAUACAUGACCGGGGUGACUACGCAGGAAGCUGCUUAUUAUUUAUAUAACAACGAAUCUCUAGCUCCUAACUUCGAGAUAACAGAAGACUGGUUCAACCGAAAGGUUCAAGAACUGGUCCUCAGAUACAACUACACGUUGAACCCACGAGGAGUGUUCGAAGCCAUCCGUUACAUGUACACGUAUCACCCAGAACCGCAUAAUGUCAGUGCCAUAAGGGAUCAAUAUAUUCAUCUGUUAUCAGACUUCCUGUACCGUGCUCCUACAGACAAAAUGGUAAAACUGUUACUGGAACAGAACGUGCCGGUGUAUAUGUACGUGCUCAACACGACCAUAGAGGCCUUCAACUUCCCGGAGUGGCGGCGCUACUCGCACGACAUAGAGCACUUGUUCCUCACCGGCGCUCCCUUCAUGGACCAGGAGUUCUUCCCCAACAAGCAGCGUAGGGACCAGCAGGCCUGGACCGGCAACGAUCGCAAUAUGAGCCAUUUCUUUAUGAGGACUUAUUCGGACUUCGCCAGGUUUGGCAAUCCAACUCGCUCCCGAGUUUUAGGUGUUCACUUCGAGCUAGCUCAGGCAGGACAGCUGCGGUACCUCAACUUGAACACAACCUUCAACUCUUCCAUAAUGCUGAACUACAGACAGACGGAGCUGGCGUUCUGGAACAUGUACCUGCCAACCGUUAUAGGCAGGCUUGUACCUACUUACCCACCUAUCACUGAGUUUUGGUGGGAGCCCAAUCAGCCAUUGCAGAUAGCGUUCUGGUCGGUGUCGAGCGCCUGCAUCAUUCUUAUCGUGCUGUUGGUCGUCUGCUGCAUGCUCUGGAGAAACGCUAAACGUGAGACAGAUCGUUACUACGACGGUGACGUAUUCAUGGUGCCGGAAGUAGAAGAGAGUGGCAUAGACAACUCGACCCGUUCCAGAGACAAUAUCUACGAAUAUAGAGAUUUGCCGAUCAAGAAGUCACAAACGCCCCAGCCUAUUCCUAGAACUAUAAGCCAGCCUCAAGUCUUCGCCGCCCGCCCCCCCUCCGAGGCGUCAACAGGCUCGGCGAUGUCUCUAAAGGAGAGUUCCUUGUCGCGGGUCCCAGAGCCGCUGCCCAGAGCCCGCUCCAGGACACAGAUCGUGCACGGGGUGCCUCAGACCACCGUCUAA